AUGGCAGGCAUGAAACUAUUCAUUAUUUUCGUUAUCAUGUUCCCAGUCGCGAUGAUAACAGAGGAAGAUGUAAAUCAUGGAGGUAAUAACUACGACAAAAAUUUAAUUGCGCACCUGCAGAUUGUCACCAUUUUAUUUCAACAUCCGGUCUCUGCUUCAUGUACAGAAAGCCGCUUAACAUUUUUAUUUUUACACUUUCCCUAAAACAUCAUUCCGAGCAUUUAUUCACCAUAAUUUUUACAUCGUCUAUAAAAUUUGCAUGAGAAUUAUUUUCAAUUUUUCCUGUGAGUAAGCGGUCGUCAUAGGAGAAAUUAAAGACAAUUUACGUAUGCACGAUUCUUGGGGGUAAACAAGGUGUUUUACAGGCGAUGUAAAAAUUGUGAAUAUGUCUAACAACUUCAUUGUUUUAUUAUUAUUUUUUUAAUUUAACACUUCAAAAAUUUGCGAUCAACAUUUCGCAAAAUCUCUUACUAACAGAGUCAUUUCAUGUAUUGCCUUGCUCUAUUUUUUUCUUACUUCAUGGAUUUGAAAUAAAUUUGUAUUUGAGAAGACCUUGCUCUACAAUCUCCUCUUUAAAUCGGACAACCGCAUGGUGUUAGCCCCUGUCAUUGUCCAGUCAUUUGACUUUAACUGUGCUCUCUAUAAGGCGGAAACCUCUCCAAGAAGGGCAACGGACACUUUCAAAACCGUCAACGGUCCCUUUGAGAAGUGCUUUAGGUAGUGAAAAAUACCGCAAAACGGAAAUGUAGGUGCACUACAUGACAAGUAAUUGCAAUUAGGAUAAGCAAAUUACAUUCCAUUCCAAAUACUGUACGCGUCUUCCGAGUUACAGCUCGUGUCUUCUAAACUCCUCAUGGAGAACCUCUUAACCUGUGAAACAGCUAUCUUCUCCGUCUUUUAGCUGAACUCUUUGAGCCUAAUGGGAACUUCAAAUGGUGAUAUCAAAAUCAAACCAUUAUAACGAAUCAAUUUUCAUAUGCUUAAGUACUUACAGUGAUGUACACUAGAACCCCGGCAACUCGAACUCUGAGGGGAAAAGAAAAACAGUUCGAGUUAGCGAGUUAUCAGAGUCGAUUGAAAAAUUUAAUUUAUCAUGUUGCAGUUAUUUUUUGGCCAAGGGAAAGGAAUUUUAGUUCGAGUUGGAGAGGAAUUCUAGUUUUCCGAGAUCGAGUUGACUGAGUGAAAAUAACUAGAAAGUGGGGUGAAAUCCAAGGGAAAUUGGACUUAGUUUGAGUUAGUGAUCGAGGAGUUCGAGUUAUCCGAGUUCGAGUUAUCGGGGUUCUACUUUAUCACUAUUUGUUUUGCUUCAGUAUAAACUGUUGUUAAAAGAAGCAAAUACUAAAUUUUGUAUUACUUUGUAGCCUUGUUACGAUUCCACCUUUCCACUACAUUGAUUCGGUUUUUUUAUUGUUUUGCACAACUAAAAUAUAUGUGGACUGUAUUUAUUGCGAAUAAGUUUAGCUUUAUUUUCUUGUAAUUACUGGCGCCAUCUUACUUUGACUCUCUAUUACCGGGACACCUCUCUUUAAUAGACGGGGAGUAAUUAUUAUUAUUAUUAUUAUUAUUAUUAUUAUUAUUAUUAUUAUUAUUGCCAUUAUUUUUUUAUAAUAAUAAUAAUUUUAUUAAACUCUUCUCAAAUUGAAAAUUAAAUACAAAUUCAGUAUAAUUCAGUAUUAUUGUCAUUAUUGCUUUAUCGUCAUUUUUCUAUUAUUGUUUUUAUCUAUUAUUAUAAUGUAAUAAUUUAUUUCAAUUGUUAUAUUAAUUUAUUAUUGUUUUGCACGAUUGAUAAAAUAUCGUUAACUUACAAAUUUAAAUUUACGGUUCAUAUGUGUUGCUGGUUUGCAGUUUGUCCUUUUCCAAUGAAAAAAGAGGAAGAGGAGUUUAUUAAAGAGCGGGAAAGGAACAGAGAGUUAAUGGAAGAAAUCGCCAGAGAAAUUGAAAUGACCUGCCUAGGUAAGUUAAAAAAAGAAAAAAAAAACAGUAAUAAUAAAAACCUUGGAUAAGCAAGUACUUUCGCGCGAAUCGCAUGCCCUUUUGAAAAGUUGAACCCUUUGAGGCAGUUGGGAGUGUUCCAUAUGGAACAAUGUAGAGUUUGCAUUUCUAAAGCCACUUUGACUUACCCUUUUAGUUUAAGCCAUUUAGUUGGUAAGCAGCGAAUGCAGCAAGUUAUACAUACAUACAUACACUGUAUGUCUACAGGUAGUCAUUUCGACUCCUGAAGGAGGAUCAUAAGGUUACACGAUAGAUAUCUCUCGUUACAGAUAACCCACAAAGCCCAGGGGAGGUUGGGCACACCACGGGGUCAACGUUCCUUACUCUUACUCGCACCAGAUAAGUGAAAGUGCUGUGAGAUGGGACCAACGGGUUUUCCUCCUUAUAUCUUGGAAGUCUCAAGAAAGUCUAACCGUUUGCAGAUGUCAUUACAAAGGCAGCACUUGCUUCUCAGUAAUUUAAAGAGCCUGAGUGUUUUUGCGGUCUGGAUUUGAGCCCGCCACCUCCAGCUCAGCAGGCCAGCGCUCUCCCGGCUGAGCUAACCAGACGGCGGAGGUUAAUAAGAACUUGGCACACUGCUACCUUAUUAUGGAAAUCUUGACUUAUCCUGUCAGAGUUAUAAACAAACAUUUUGGGCAAAAAUCCACUGCCAAUUUCGCUAUUUGUCUACUGCUCUUUUCAAUUUGAUUUCCCCCUAUUCCGGAAAGCUAACUACAAGGCACAAUUCCAUGGAUUAAAAGGCUAUAAGUUGGACUAGAUAAUAAAGGAAUGAAAAAGAGCAAGCAAGAAACCUCCAGAGAACAUUUAUGCCAGUUUUAGUCUUUUCUCAAACGCACAAAAUUUUCGGACUUGGAACAAGUGAUGGUAAACAUUUUUGACAAAUGAUUUCUAGUCCAUGAGCCUUUUUGUGAGGAGUGGGUAAAAAUGCAAUGUAGUAGUAACUGUGACAAAUGUAUAUCAAAUAAAUCAUAUUGGAGAACUGCGGAAAUGAAUGCAAAUGAAGAAUGAUCCUCUCAGUUUUGAACGCAAUUUAUUUAUGCAGUUACGUAAGAUGCCUGAAAAAAAUUCAGGACUUUAACGGCAUUUGAACCUGUGACCUCGCGAUGCCGGUGCGACGCUCUCAGGUGGUCAAGCCAUUUUUGAGUGAAAACGCAUGUAUUUUCAACUUUUUGCGAUUUUAACCUGAUUUCUAAUUCUUGGUAAAAUCCACCCAAGACGGCGUCCUAGAUGGCGUUCAGUGUUGGUGACGUCACAGGCCUCCAGCAGCGCCACCACCCAUAAAUUAUACUUCAUCUUGUAGAGAAGAUCAGGGGCUUUCCACUAAAGGCAAAAUGGUUUCGAAAUACUGCAACAUAUCAGAAACUCUGAGGAGGGGUUCCAUCAACCCCCUCCCCUUGUACCACGGUGGGGGUAUGAAUUUGCGUGUACGUCCGAUUGUUAAUGAAUCCGAAUCAGCAUUUCAUGGAUUUCCCGUAAUACCGUUCUAUUAGGAAAUGCGAAAAAAGAUUUGUAAAAAUGUUUGCGUGCAAGACGACUGUUCUUGAGAACAGCUUUUCAAUAAAAGCAGAACUUAGCUGUGAAACAAAAACUUGCCGACUAGUAACAGCGGAGCUCAGACUAAACGUUAGCGUAAACGAAAAAGAGCCAAUACCGCUUUUAGCACGACAAAUUUGUGACUACGGCAGAAAAGAAGAGGACGGCAAAACGCUUGUAUGCGACAAACGUGACAGGUCUAUUACUCACGUGUUUUGUGGUGAUCUUCACUUAAGUUAAUGUUUUCUGGUCUUUUGCAAAAAGACCUGUUUAAAGGAAGGGGAAGUUCGGCGGAAAACUUUUUCGAACAAAAUUAUUUUCACGCUUGUUGCAAAACGUUUUCCUUCUUCUUUCCUCUCCCGUACUGUUGCGUAAGUUCACUCUUAGUGAACUUAAUUACACAACCGGACGGGAGAGGAAAGAAGAAGGCAAACCUUGUGUAACAAGCGUGAAAAUAAUUUUGCUUGAAACAACUUUUCGCCAAACUUCACUCUCCUUUAAACGGAUUUUUUUCGUAAAGACAGUAAACGUUAAUAUUAGGUGAAUAUCACGACAAAACACGUACGUAAUAGUCCUGUCACUUUUGUCACGCACAAGCGUUUUGACGUCCUCUUCUUCCUGCCAUCCUGUUACGUAAACUCACAAUUAUCCCGCGCUGGCGUCAGUCCAAAAGCACGCGAAAUACUAAGACCAGAAGUUCAAUUUCACUUGCAUAGCAACCACGUAGCCUAGCAACACGAUACGACAAGGGGCCCUAAGGCAUGCAACGUUUCUUGAUUGGAGUAUUGAGACCAACGUUUUGUCAGUAGGAUUCUUGUUGAAAGCACGUCAACAGAUAUAUAUAUUUUUCAUAGUUUAUAAUAAUUUGAACCAGGAGAUCAUGAUCUCAGUUGUUUGAGCUUAAACAUUGUUGCAAAUAUAAAUAAUCAAAACAACUGUUAAGCUAGCUUAAAGUGUGAAAACUAACUUUAUAGGUAAAGGAAGAAAGAAAUUCUUAUAAGUAACUUCUACUUGCUGAUUUGUAGACGAGUGUGAAACAGGACUACAUAACUGCCACGAUGAUGCAUACUGCACCAACACCAAGCGUUCCUUCACGUGUACUUGCAAACCAGGAUAUUCUGGGGAUGGUGUCAACUGUGCAGGUAACAAAGCUACAUACGCAGCGUGAACUUACAGGAUCUAAACUUUAGUUGUACGCCAUCGCAGCAGAAAUAAGAAAUAAGCCAAUAAGAAAGCUGCAAACUGGUUUCGUAUUUAUCUAAGUGACAUUGCUAUAAGUAGCAUGGAACAAAAUAAACAAAAUAAGUACUCCUUGCCACUGAAUUUGUUUUGGAAAAAUUAAUUCAUGCGUAGACCAUUUCAGGGUUACGGUUCGAAUGCAUUGCACUACUAUCUCUCAUUCGAUAGGAAUAAAAAUCGAACUUGGUCAGUCUGAUAAUUUACCCUUAUUUAUUUCCAGACGUUGACGAGUGUAAUACAAAAAAACACCAAUGUGAUGAAGCUAUUUCAUUGUGCGUUAACACUAAAGGAUCCUUCGAGUGUUACUGUCAAAAAGGGUAUUUUAAAAGUGGACAACAUAAAUGCACAGGUAACAUCCACUUUAAGAUUUCUUAAUUGAAACAUUCAGAUGCUUCGUAGCCACGUCUUUUGUUUAUGUUAAGUUAGCGUCCUUACAAUUAUCUAUUUUAAGUUUUUUUGGCGCUUUAAGUUAAAACGGGUUUUCUUUGAGCGACGCACGCCAACUGGAAGUAAAUCCUUAUCCCUUUUAAUAUACAUAAAAACUACCAAAUCUGUACUGCCUACCUCUUUUCAGUAAACAAACAAACAGGAAGGGAGGAAUGCGACCCUCCUAGAAAGGCCUGUGUGGGAGGCUAAUUUUUUAAAUUAAGUACCAGAUGUUACCUGGAACUAGCAAUGACUCUAGCCUGCUUAGCAGGGGCUUGAACCUAAUCCAGAAAAUAGCUAGUAUGGGCGAAAGGAAGGUCGGAGCGCGCGAGGGAGACAAGCAGGAAGGGAGGUAGCGCCUGCCUGAGAGGUCAAUGAAAAUCGUACCGAAAAAAAACAAAACAACAACAACACAAAACAACCUUUUUUGCAUUAUGAUUUCCUCUGAUUUCCUCUUUUGAAAGUCGUUUUCACCAAAGUCCAAUUAAUUUUAAGUCGCGUCAGUUUCCAACAACGUAAUUUCAUAAAGCGUUAAUUUCCUGUAAUAAGGCACAUAACUGUUAUUAUGGUAGACCAAAGUUACUUGCAAUAAAAGAAAAGAACACUAAAUCAGUUUUUUUUAUUCAGUGCCUGAAUUUUGAAUUGCAGAUGAAAAUGAGUGUGAAACAGGAAAGCACAACUGUCAUGCAAACGCUAAUUGCAAAAACACUAAAGGAUCCUUUGAGUGCACCUGCAAGCUAGGGUAUUCUGGGAAUGGAGUUAACUGCACAGGUGAAAACAAUACUUCGGUCUUCUUUAUAAUGAAUCUUUUUUCUAAUCAACUCCAUUUAUCUCGCCUUAAAGCCAAGAUCAGCCACAAG